AUGCCAACGUGGAUUUCGGACGCUGAAUACAAGGAUCUUGGUUAUCCGCAAAUGGAUCCAAAGUUUAGAGACCGAGAGUGGCACAGGAAGCAGCUUCAGCUGGACAGUACUGAUCCACGACACAACCCGAAUCUCAAUCGCGACCAGAGCGACCCAGAAUUUUGGUACCACGCUGCCAGACGACCAUUCAACAAGGCCCUUCUCCGAACUGAGCAACACUGGAAUGCUCGUCGAGAGGUAUGGCUCAAGCAGUUCGAGCAGGUGAGGGACAUGAACCAACGACGAGAACUCUUCUCCGAUUUGUUGGAGGACACGCCAGCAGAUGUGAAGCGCUUGGUGACACCCAUCCUGCACUACAGCAUCACCAUGAACGUCAUUGUCGGCUUUCUCGAAAAGGCUGAGAAAGCCGGGAGAGCACUCAGCGAGGUGCUGACGGAUGAGGAGAACCUGAACGUGCUCCGCGGCAUUCGAGACAAAAUCGAUGCAGAUGGUGAUAAGGCAGCAGAAGACAUGCUUGCCGAGUACGACGCUAGAUCCAGGUUGCUGGCUGCUGACCGUCAGGAGCAGGCGGAAGAAGAGGAGCAGGAGCGCAAAGUGGCCGACGUCACUACGUUGGCUCAAAUCAUGAAUUGGGGACAGAAGUGCAAGAAGGAUGGGCUCGUUGAGUGGGAGCAGGGGAAUUACGCAGAAGCCCGUGCUAGCUGGAGGCAAGCGCAUGAUACGUUGCGCCCGUUCCAGGCAGCAGACAAAGAAACAAAUGAACUGUUGUUCGAGCUCCAUGCAGCGGUUCUGAAGAACCUUUCGCAGGCUUGUAUGAAGCUUGGAUACUGGAAUGAGGCUUGCAAGGCAUCAACACUAGCCACGCAGCUUUGCCCAGAAGACCACAAGGCAUGGUUUCGGCGCGCAUGUGCCUUGGAAGGCUUGGGCAACCUAGACGAGGCGGAGAGAUGUUUGCAGAUGAUUGAUGAAUGUUCUGUCGGGCGGCCUGAUCGCGGUCGCAUUGCCAAGGACACACAGGCCAAGCGAGAAAAGCUGCAAGCUCUGCGGGAGCGUGAGCAGGCAUCACUCAAAAAAUCGAUGGAGAAGGCUAUUUGCAGGAGUGUCUUCAGUGAGGAUCGUAAGGCAGGGACAUGGGAAGGAUGCAAUUUGAUCCAGGGUUGUUGA